UAUCUAGCUCUAUAUAUUAUUAUUCUGUAUUCGUCGAUCAUUCAUUCAUCCGGCCGCGCACGCACUAUAUAGUGGCAACCGCAUUGCACUCGCAGCAGUCAUCGCGCCAACACCAUCGCCAACGUCCAGCACCACAUGCAGCUCGCACUACAUCGCGACACACUCAACCGCUGCCGCAUCACGCCGCUGGCGCACAAGCAGCAUCGCGCUGCACGUUUCGACAUUGUUGACACUCGCUGUUGUGCACGCACAUACAAUACGCACAUAUCCCCGGGCCGCCGUGCCAGUGUUUGCAAUUCAACGGUAUAACAGUAUUACAAUAGUUUAGCCGGCGCACUCCGCUUCAUCACGGCACAGCUUUUGCCCGCGAAGAACGGUCGAUAGCGCUGCGCACGACUAGUUCGAGCAUAACGGAAGGCGACGACGGCGGCGCGUCCACGAGUUGCGGAAGCAGCAGCAGCAGCCGCUGUACAGAUAUAUAUAUACCAUUCGAGCGGUACGGCGUGCUCGUGGCGAAAGCAUCAGGACGUGCGUGAGACGAGAGAGCACUACUACCGACAGCGGUGACGAUUGCGGCCAGUAAUCGCGAAACCCGGCGCAAGUUCACCUGCACCAUCCAGGGUUUAAGCUUACACGAGUUAAACCAAACGACAGUGGCAGCAGCAGCAGUACACUAUUGAGUAGCCCUAGUCGCAGUGAAUGCAGUCCAUCGUCGUCACACCCACCAUCGCCGAACUCACCAAAUCAGUUGUUGCCUACCAUAAACAGCACUAACAGCAACCAAAGUUCCCAACGUCAAUCCAGAAAAAGGAUUAGGGUGAUUCCUGUCCAUCGAGUUAAACCUUACAAAAAAAGGCGAAUAUUCAAUGACAAGAGAUCAGUAUCGCCCCUAAUUGAUGCGCAUAGUAGAAGUAACUUAGACAUUCACCAAAACCCCAACGACAAUUCUAAUAAUAAAAAAAGCAUUCAAAAUCCGUCUUGUACGACUGAGGAUAAAAGCCAUCUCUGUUCAUCGCAUACUGACUGCUUGUCAAGCUUGAAUACUCUAGAAGCUGUCACCCUCGCCAAAAGUAAAGCUCAUAUAGAGAAUAAUGUCGAUGAUCUUAUGAAUGAACUGCAAACUUCAUUUAAUAUUACUCGUAUGGUCUUCAACAAUCAUAGAAGUUUCGUCCAAUCAAAACUUAAUCAAAUGACUCAACAGUGUGAACAAUUGAGCAUCAGCUUGAACAAAUCUUAAUACAUUUUAAGCCAAUUACCAUAACCUAUCAACAGACUCUAAUCACCGAAGCUAACCAAACCAACUACUAGACGUUCGUCGACGGAUUAUCCAGCCACGGAAAUAUCAAAAUGGAUAACCCGGCAGCAGUGUUGACGGAUGACGUGGAGGAUUGGAGUUCCAGGGCGCCAUCGACGGGCAGUAAUCAGCCCCAGACACAGGUUCGGUUAAGCGGUGGUUCCGACGGCAUCUACAGUACCAAUAUCCCCAAUAAUUCACCACAAACACAAUCACCAACACCCCAUCAGAAACAACAAUUUCAACAGCCAUCCCCACAGCAACAUUACAAGCGCAAUGCGUCCACCUACUCAAUAGACAUUCCAGCAACCCUCGGACUGAUGGUGACGAACGGCAAUCCCGCUGCCAAUGGAGGAUCAACUACAUCGUCUACUAUGAAGCUGACCGAGUAUUCGAGCAGCGGAAGCAACAGCAGCAACAGCGGGAGCGUCGGCGAUGGAACCGCGACGGCCACAUCGUACAUCAUAUCCGGCAGCAACGGCGAAAAGGCCGAUGGCAAAGGAAUGGUCGGCGGACGACGCCGCAAAGGCAAGAAGCAGCCGCGUUACGACCCGUUCCAGAUGCGAGACAAGUCUAAGGCGACCACUGACAGCGGUGCCUUAUUGCAUCUGAUCAAGAGCAGUCUCGGCAGUGGCAUCUUAGCCAUGCCAAACGCGUUCAAAAACGGUGGGCUCAUCUUCGGACUUGUCGGCACUGCAGCCAUCGGAGCGCUUUGCACGCAUUGCAUAUACCUAUUGGUGCUCUGUUCGCAAGCGCUAGCCCGCCGCACUCGCCGCCCUGCCCUCGGCUUUGCCGACACCGCCGCAGCCGCUUUCAGCACUGGUCCGCGCCGGUUCCGUGCCUGGGCCCCGUUCGCCAGAGAGUUUGUCAACGCCGCCUUGUUCUGCACGUAUUAUUUUGGUAACACCGUAUACGUAGUGCUCGUCGCCGCUUCCUUCAAGCAGGUGGCCGACACGCACACACCGCCGGAAUGGCACAUGCCAGUCCGCGCCUGGAUCCUCGGCCUGGCCAUUCCGCUGGUGCCGCUAGGCAUCGUCCGUUCGCUCCGUCUGCUGGUCCCGUUCUCGGCCAUAGCCACAGCGUUCAUCUUGGUCGGCUUGGGUUGCACCAUGUCGUGGGUGGUGACAGGCGUCAGCCUGUUCGCCGACGAGAGUGCCCUGACGGCGGCCGUACCGCUGCCGGACAUCGGGUCCCGCCCGUGGAUCGCUCCCGUAGGCCACAUGCCCCUGUUCUUCGCCACCGUCCUGUUCGCCAUGGAGGGCAUCGGCACCGUACUCCCGAUCGAAAACUCGAUGCGCCAUCCUCAGAGGUUCCUCAAGGCUCGUCCUUGCGGAGUUCUGAACGCCGCCAUGGUUCUGGUCGUGUGUUUGUACUCGGUCGCCGGAUUCCUCGGAUAUUUGCGUUUCGGUGACGCCACUGACGGAUCGAUUACGCUCAAUCUGCCCAACGAUCUGUUUGCAGAGUCGGUGAAAAUCAUGGUGGCGCUGUCCAUACUGUUCUCGUACGGUCUGCAGUUCUGCGUGCCCAGCGAGAUAGUGUGGACCCGCCUGGAGCCGUGGCUGCGCAAGCGUCGCCAAAACGGCAAGUACUCCGCGGACAGCAAGACGUCCUGCGGCGCGGCCGUGAACACCAUCGCCGGCAGCACCAUGUCUACGGCCACAGCGGUCACCACGACCAGCGCCAAGUCCGUGAACGAGAAAAAGCAGCUCGAACUCGAGGACCUGCAGGACAAACCCAUGGAAGGAGCUUACUACGUGAUGAGAGCCUCCAUGAUCCUGGGAACCGUAUUUAUCGCCGCCCUGGUGCCCGACUUGGCGCCGUUCAUCUCGCUCAUCGGCGCGGUGUUCUUCUCAAUACUGGGCCUGAUGUGUCCGGCCGUCAUCCAUCUGGCCGCGUUCUGGAACCACGGCGACGAGGACGGCGAGGACACGGACGACGCGACCGACUCGGAGGACGACUUGGACUUUGACGGCGACUACUACGCGGUGGACGACGACACGGACUUGGAGGCGGUGCAGCGACAGCCGCAGCGGAGGAGAAGCAGUGGCCGGUCGACGCGACGCCACCGUAAGGGCAUGAGCCGUUGGACCGUGGCCAAGGACGUGGCCAUCGUGUUGAUCGCGCUCAUCGCGCUGGUGUCCGGCACGUACGCGUCGCUCGUGGACAUCGUGGCGUUCUACGGGUCCGGCGGCGAGGGCGGCCAUCACGCGGCCACCGGAAACGGCACCGCCGUCGCUUCCGGCACCACCACCAUCGGCCCGGGACCGGAAUCGGCGUUCCUGAUAGCGGCCAACGCGGGACAGCAAUAGAGCGGAGGACAGAUUGGAGGACGGGAAAACAAAACGAUAUACAAUGAGAUAAUAAUAUUAUAAUAUACACCAACCACUGCACCAAAGGCUGUCGUCAUCGUCGCCCGCCCCCGCCCGCCCGGCAUGGCUAUAAUGGUUACCUAUACCUUUACUUUGAUCACUGUUGUGAUACGCACCUCUCCUAUUUUAUUUUUUUUUAUUUUUCAAUCACCUGUGCGCCUUUUUGUCCGAAUCAUUAAUUCAUCGUCGAAAACAUUCCCCCCCCCCUCCCAAUGUAUACUUAUAUAGACCUCCCUACAUUUUUGAUAUAAUAUUUUUUAAACUGUCGUCUGUCGAUGUGAUUAUAUAUUUUGGUAAUGACAUCGACACCGCCGCCCAUGUAUAUUAUUAUCUUAUUAUUGCCGUAUUGCCUUUUGUUUUUAAAAUUUUUAUUUUUAUUUAUUAACUACCCAUGUGUAUGAUAUAAUAUAUAUAUUAUAAUUCCAGUAUAUUAUAAUUAUUGUUACUUGAUAAGUUAGUGUGUAGUUCUAUGCGAGCGCAAACAUUUUUUUCCACGUUGUUUUUCGCUUUUAAGCUUCCCUAUAUAUAAUAUUAUUUAUUACAAUAAUUAUUAUAAUCAUGACAAUUUCAUUAUGAUUUACAUUUAUCGUUAGUACAUUAGUUUUAAUAUUAAGAUUUUUUUUUAACGUUGUUGGGUUUAAUAUAACAAACGCGUGAAAGUUCACGAGAACAUAUUUAAAUAUUUUGUAAUCAUAUAACAUACAAUUAAUAUAGUACAUUAGUAUACAUUAUUAUUAAAAUUCAAAAUAUUACUACUUUUGAUAUUCGCACGUUAUAAUUUAUUAUUUAUUUCACUGUUGAUUCUUAAGAACGCUUAAUAUAUACAACAGAAAAUCAUAAAAGACAUUUUGUAUGGUACUCAUGAUUAUUAUAUUCUAUACGAAUAAUCAUAAUAUCUAAUAUUAUAAAAUAUGUAUAGCUGUCAAUUAAAAAAAAUUUGUUUAUUAUUA